AUGUCAGGUCCACAGGAAAAUUUAUUCAAACCAGUUGGUGAUACUGUUGAAGAAAUUAAUGUCGAUGAGGCUCCAGAACAAGAACAGGUUCAAGUUAAAAACACCGGUGCUGCUGAUGCCAUGGGUCACCCUGUGCAAGAGAUUGAAUCUCUGUGUAUGAAUUGUCAUGCUGAUGGUACCACCAGAUUGUUAUUAACAUCCAUCCCAUUCUUCAGAGAAAUCGUUAUCAUGUCUUUUGAGUGUCCUGAGUGUGGAUUUAAAAAUUCUGAAAUCCAACCAGCAUCUCAAAUCCAAGAGAAAGGUGCUAAAUAUAUGUUAAAAGUGGAAAAUCAAUCUGAUUUUAACAGAGAAGUUAUUAAAUCUGAGACUGCUACUUGUAAGUUCUUGGAAUUAGAUAUCGAAAUUCCCGCUAAAAGAGGUCAAUUAACCACUGUUGAAGGUUUACUAUCAGAAAUGAUCGACGAUUUAGCAGCUGAUCAAGAAGCCAGAAAAUCGAUUGAUGAAAACUUACAUGACAAGAUUCAAGAAGUAAUUGAAAGAGUUAGAAGCUAUAUCGAUUGCAAACCAGGUACUUUACCACUAACAUUUAUAUUGGAUGAUCCUGCUGGGAACUCUUGGAUUGAAUACAGACCUGGUGAACCAUUACACAAGUGGUCUCAUACCGAUUACUUCAGAAACGACGAACAAAAUGUCUUGGUUGGUAUUAUUACCAGAGAUCAACUGGAAAUGCGUCGUCAAGAAAAAUUGUCUGAGUUAUCCAAUCGUGAAAGAAAUCCAUCCGAAGCGGUUAAAGUUGGCUCAUCUGCCUCAGAAUUCUUGUCAGAUGCAACUGAAAUUGAAAAUUUUGAUAAUGAAGUCCAAACAUUUAGAGCAUCAUGUCCAUCAUGUGUACGUGAAUGCGAGACUCAUAUGAAGCCAGUGAAUAUCCCACAUUUCAAGGAGGUUAUCAUUAUGUCUACAGUAUGUGAUAAUUGUGGUUAUAGAUCCAACGAAGUUAAAACUGGUGGUGCCAUCCCAGACAAAGGUAGAAAGACCGUUUUGUACUGUGAUGAUCCUGCAGAUUUAAGCCGUGAUAUUCUGAAAUCUGAGACUUGUACCUUAACCAUCCCAGAAUUACAUGUUGAAAUUCAACAAGGUACUUUGGGUGGUAGAUUCACUACUUUAGAAGGUCUAUUGCAACAAGUCUAUGAGGAGUUGGAAACUCGUGUUUACUCUCAAACUUCAGAUUCUAUGGAUGAAGCUACAAAGCAACGUUGGCAAGGAUUCUUUGGUAAUCUGAAAGAAGCUCUGGAAGGUAAGAGGAAGUUUACCGUUAUCAUGGAAGACCCAUUGGCUGGCUCAUACAUCCAGAAUGUUUACGCUCCAGAUGAAGAUCCAAAUAUGAAUAUUUCAGACUACGAAAGAACUAGAGAGCAAGACGAAGACCUGGGAUUAAACGACAUUAAAGUGGACCAGUGA